GCUUGUUCCGAAGGAAAAUCUGAAACUGUUGGAAGAAAAGAAAAAGGGAUUGACAGAAACACUGUCAUUGGACUCGCCCCAUAAAACCCUUUUAAAGCCCCUCUAAAGUCUCAGCUAAAAGACUGAAUUGAAGGGAUAUGUCUGUCUCAAUCCCUCAAACUGCUUUUUUCUCUCUAACUAACGUUAAUGGGAGUAGAAGAGCCAACGGGGUGUUAAGGAAACCGCUGAUGCUUAGGAGUUUGACGGUGAGAGCUGGUCCAAAGAGGAUCUCUUUCGGGGGUGAUUGCAGAGAGGCGUUGCAGGCUGGGAUUGAUAAGUUAGCUGAUGCCGUUUCUGUCACCUUGGGUCCUAGAGGACGAAAUGUUGUUCUUUUUGAGUCUGAGAAACUUAAAGUAGUUAAUGAUGGUGUCACCAUUGCUCGGGCUAUAGAACUAUCCGAUGCUAUUGAGAAUGCAGGAGCAAUGCUAAUACAAGAGGUUGCAAGUAAAAUGAAUGAUUUGGCUGGUGAUGGUACUACCACUGCUAUUAUUUUAGCUCGAGCCAUGAUCAAGUUUGGAUUGUUGGCAGUUUCUUUUGGAGCUAAUCCUGUUUCUCUGAAAAGGGGAAUGGAUAAGACUGUGAAAGAAUUGGUUAAGGACCUGAAGAAGAAAAGUUUGCCAGUGAAAGCGAGGGAGGAAAUAAAAGCUGUGGCUUCAAUCUCUGCUGGUAAUGAUGAUUUCAUUGGGAACUUGAUUGCGGAAGCUAUAGAAAAGAUUGGCCCCGAUGGAGUAAUUUCUCUUGAGUCAUCCUCAUCAUCUGAAACCUUUGUGAUAAUUGAAGAAGGAAUGAAGCAGAUUGACAAGGGAUAUAUGUCACCCCAGUUCAUUACUAAUCAAGAUAAAUCUCUUGUGGAGUUUGACAAUGCCAAAGUCCUUGUCACUGAUCAGAAGAUUUCAAGUGUCAAAGAAAUUGUUCCUUUACUAGAAAAGACUACGCAGCUGAGUGUCCCUCUGCUAAUCUUUGCGGAGGAUAUCUCAAUGCAAGUGCUAGAAACACUAGUUGUGAACAAAAUGCAAGGCGUAAUUAAUGUUGCUGUUGUCAAAUGUCCAGGAUUUGGGGAAGGAAAGAAAGCCCUGUUGCAGGACAUUGCCCUUAUGACAGGAGCUGAUUUUCUUUCUGGUGAUUUCGGUAUGACGCUUGCUGCUGCAACUUCUGAUCAGCUUGGUGUUGCACGGAAAGUGACUAUAACAAGCAAUUCAACAACCAUAGUUUCUGAUCCUUCUACUAAAGCUGAAAUCCAGGCAAGGAUUAUGCAGAUAAAAAAGGAUCUAGCAGAAACUGAUAGUGCAUACUUGUCAAGAAGGCUCUCAGAAAGAAUUGCUAAACUCUCUGGUGGUGUGGCAGUCAUUAAGGUAGGAGCGCAUACUGAGAUGGAACUUGAAGACCGUAAACUAAGAAUUGAAGAUGCAAAGAAUGCUGCAUUUGCUGCCAUGGAUGAAGGGAUAGUACCUGGUGGUGGUGCAACUUAUAUACACUUGUCAGAGCAGAUUCACACAAUAAAGAAUUCAAUGGAAGACUCAGAUGAACAGAUUGGUGCUGAUAUUGUAGCAAAAGCACUCCUUGCACCUUCAAAAGUAAUUGCAACUAAUGCAGGUGUUGACGGAGAAGUUGUAGUGGAGAAGACUAGAAAGCUCGAUUGGAAAAUUGGCUACAAUGCAAUGUCUGGAAGAUAUGAAGAUCUAAUCAACGCGGGAGUUAUAGAUCCUUGUCGAGUUUCAAGGUGUGCCUUACAAAGUGCUGUCUCUGUUGCUGGGGUAGUUCUAACCACUCAAGCUAUAAUGGUAGACAAAAUAAAGACACCCAAGCCAGUUGUCCCUCUUGUCCCAGGAAUUAGUCCUUGAAUAAAAGGGAAUAAAACGGAGUAAAAGAAGAUAGUGGUAGGUUAAAGCUGAAGAAGAAGCCAGCAAAAGCUGUAUUUGCAAUGGUUGAAACCAAGCUGUAAACUGGUUGGCUUGGUUCUCGAGAACCAAAAUGGAUUUUACCAUGUGAGCCUCAAAUACCAUGGUGUACGAGUGCCUACUGAAUUGCUUCCUUGUAGCUGCAGUACGUUGUAUUUUUCCUGCAUCCCCCGCAGCCAGCAGCUCAAUUUAUUUAGCUGUUUGUAAAUUUUAUCAUAAAGUAAUGUAAUAGAAACGUCCUGAAACGAGAUGAAUGUGAAUGUUCAUUCCAUUGGCGUUGAGAAUGGCAUUGUUGUUAUUGAAUGCA